AUGUCGACAUCCUUUCAAAUACAAGCGCCUGUUCCUGAGAUACUGGUCGAGAAGCUCACUGAUCAUCUUGAGACCCCGUCUUUAGACGACCGUUCAUACAGAGUUAUAAGACUGUCUAAUCAGUUGGAAGUUUUGUUAGUACACGAUGCCGAAACCGACAAAGCUAGUGCCGCUAUGGACGUCAAUGUAGGGAAUUUCAGUGACGAGGAUGAAAUGCCAGGCAUGGCGCAUGCUGUUGAACAUCUUCUCUUUAUGGGCACGAAAAAGUAUCCUGUAGAGAACGCCUACUCUCAGUUUCUUUCUGCCCAUUCAGGUAGCUCUAAUGCAUACACUGGUGCAACAUCGACGAACUAUUAUUUUGAAGUGGCUGCUAAAAAAUCAGAGGAAGCCGGACUAGCCGAACCAUCACCUCUCUAUGGAGCACUGGAUAGAUUUGCUCAGUUCUUCAUUGACCCUCUUUUUCUUUCAUCUACCUUAGACAGAGAAUUGCGAGCUGUGGAUUCUGAGAACAAAAAGAACUUACAAAGUGAUCAAUGGCGAUCACAUCAACUCGACAAAUCGCUAUCGAAUCCUAUGCAUCCGUAUUGUCAUUUUUCAACCGGGAACUUUCAGGUCUUAAAAACGGAUCCCGAGGCAAGAGGCAUUGACGUCCGACAGAAGUUUAUGGACUUUCACAAAAAGCAUUAUUCUGCCAAUCGUAUGAAACUUGUUAUCCUGGGAAUGGAGUCUUUAGAUACAUUACAGUCUUGGGCGGUAGAAUUAUUCGCUGAAAUCAGAAACAAGAACUUGCCGCAAAAUCGCUGGGAGGAUGAAAAACCAUACAGAGAAGAAGACCUGAUGAUGCAGUGUUUCUCAAAACCUGUCAUGGACUCUAGGCAAAUGGAACUUAUAUUUCCAUUUAUUGAUGAAGAGUUCUUGUAUGAGACUCAGCCAAGCCGUUACCUCAGUCACCUAAUAGGACAUGAGGGACCCGGCAGCAUAAUGGCAUGCAUUAAAUCAAAGGGUUGGGCAAAUUCUUUAAGCGCAGGUGCAUACCCACUAUGUCCAGGGACGCCAGGUAUCUUCAACUGCCAAAUAAGGCUCACCGAAGAAGGAUUAAAAAACUACCGUGAAAUUGUUAAAAUAUUCUUUCAGUAUGUUUCUCUUUUGCGUCAGACUCCACCUCAAAAGUGGAUUUUUCAGGAGCAGGCCGGUCUAGCAGACCUUGGUUUUCGCUUCAAGCAAAAAACUCCAGCAAGCCGAUUCACUAGCAAAAUAAGCGCUGUGAUGCAAACACCUCUACCCAGAGAGUGGCUACUCAGUGGCCAUAGUAGGCUUCGAAAGUUUGACCCAAUUAAAAUUCAAGAAGGCUUAGCAUGUCUACGACCAGACAAUCUCAGAAUUAUGGUCGCCUCACAAAACUACCCUGGGAAAUGGGAUCAGAGAGAAAAGUGGUAUGGCACUGAAUAUACGUAUGAGAAAAUACCUGACGAUUUCAUCGCCGAGAUUAAACUAGCCAAUGAGGCUACCUCGGAAACUCGUCUGACUGAACUUUACUUACCUCAACAAAAUCAGUUCAUUCCCACUAAGCUUGAAGUUGAAAAGAAAGAAGUCAAGGAGCCCCUCAUUGCCCCAAUACUUAUUCGUAAUGACGAUCUAGUAAGAACAUGGUACAAAAAAGACGAUCAGUUUUGGGUUCCCAAGGCCAAUCUUUUUGUUAAUUGCCGAAAUAACCUACCUGAUGCGACAGCAGGAAAUUAUCUCAAGGCACGACUGUACACCGAUGCAGUUAGGGAUGCUCUCGAGGAAUACUCGUAUGAUGCUGAACUUGCAGGUCUUGAUUACUCAGUCUCAAAUCAUUACACCGGAAUAGAAAUUGCCGUUUCUGGCUAUAAUGACAAAUUACCAGUUUUGCUUGAAAAGGUGCUUGUCACUAUGAGGGACUUAAUUAUUAAUAUAGACCGUUUCGAGAUAAUUAAAGAACGUCUUAUGCGAAAUCUAAAGAAUUGGGAAUUUGGUCAACCUUACAAUCAAGUUGGUGAUUAUACAAGAUGGCUUGGUAGCGAGAAGAGUUACAUUAACGAGCAGCUACUUGACGAACUACCAGACGUCACAGUAUCUGAUAUUGAGCGUUUCAAGCUACAACUCCUGGCACAAAUGCACCUCGAAAUUUUUGCCCAUGGAAACCUCCAUAAGGAAGAUGUUCUUCAGCUCAGCCAAACAAUAGAAACGAUACUGAAGCCAAAAGUACUGCCUCAAAUACAGUGGCCAAUAUCUAGAUCCCUUAUACUCCCACCGGGUGGUAAUUUUGUCUAUGAGAAGAACCUCAAAGACCCAGCUAACGUCAAUCACUGCAUCGAGUAUUUACUCUAUAUAGGAGACAAAGCCAUACGUCCUCUUCGUGCCAAAACGUUGCUGUUAGAUCAGAUGACAAGCGAGCCCGCCUUUGAUCAGCUACGAACAAAAGAACAAUUAGGAUAUGUUGUCUUCAGUGGUGCUCGUACGACUGCAACCACAAUCGGAUAUCGUUUUAUAAUCCAAAGCGAAAAAUCCCCUCUGUACCUUGAAUCUAGAAUCGAUGCAUUUCUCUCGAACUACGCAAGUAUAUUGAAGGAUAUGUCUAGUAUCGAGUUUGAAAGCCAUAAGCGAAGUCUUAUUACAAAGCGGUUGGAAAAAAUGAAGAAUCUCGAUCAAGAGUCAGGAAGAUUAUGGUCUCACAUCGACAGUGAAUACUAUGAUUUCGAACUGGCUCCCAAGGAUGCUGUUGAAGUUAAGCUUUUAACAAAAAAUGAUAUGGUCGAUUUUUUUAAUUACUACAUCUGUCCAGCCUCUCCUACAAGGUCUAAAUUAGCAGUUCACCUUAAUGCUCAACCUGUCGUUAAUGGUUCGACCACACCUGACGUCCAAUUAACUGCUGACAAAGCUUUAAUUAAAAAUAAACCCGAAGAAGGUAAAUCAAUAUCAUUAGCGUCUAGCAACAACGGAAAUCCUCCAUAUAAAAUUACUGACGUUCGAUCAUUCCGGUCGAUGCUAUCUUUAAGCGCCGGACCCCAAGCCAUAAAGCAUGUCAGUGAAUUUGAAGAGCUGGACUCGAAACUCUAA